AUGACGCGGUCAAGCACCCCGGGCCACGAUGCCUCAGCCUCAACGAUCUUCCUCUUCGGCCCGCACGUCGGCACAUUCACCAAAGCGUCCAUGGACAAGCUGGUGGAACCGCUCUCGACCUCCCCACAGCGCGACUGGAUCCUCAGCACGAUCGCCGACCUGCCAACAUACUGGGACGCACUGGCCGCCAAGAUGCCCGACGUAGCCCGCGACAUCGACGGGCCGGGGUGCCUUUCGGCGCUGGACUCGUGGCUUCGACAUGGGAUCGAGCAGGCCGGACUCUCUGUUCCAGAUGACGAGAAUCUCCCGAGUAUACUCGUUGGCCCGCUGGUCGUGCUCAUUCAACUCACGCAGUACUGGCGGCAUCUCGAGAUGAUUAGAGACGAUGCAACGGUUACACCUGCAGACCUCCAGGCCGAACUCGUCCAGCAAGCAAAGAACGGCGGUAAACAAACAGUCAUUCUAGGUUUCUGCGCGGGCCUCCUCGCCGCCCUCUCCGUCGCCAGCGCCAGCACCCAAGCCUCCUUCGAAGAAUACGGGGCCGUCGCAGUCCGCCUAGCCAUGCUCAUCGGAGCCCUGAUCGACGCACAAGAAGUCUGGGAUAAGGCUUCUGGCAAAGGAAGUUCAGCCUCGUACGCGGUCGCCUGGCGCGGGCAGAAGCAGGAGGACGACAUGAACCGGAUCACAUCUGAGCUGGCGAGCGACGCGUAUGUCGCCGUGCGGUACGACCAGACCCGAGCGACCGUGACGGCAUCGGAGACGAUCGCGCCGCUGCUCAUGAAGCGGCUCAAGGCCGCGGGGAUCACGGUGGCGGAGGUUGGGAUUAAGGGGCAGAUCCAUAGCCCGAAUGCGGAUCGCCGGGGGCAUACGGAUGCGCUGGUUGAGCUGUGUGCGUCGAUGGCGGGGCUGCAGUAUGCGGAUGUGAAGGGGCUGGCGUUGACGACGUAUGAUAAUACGGGGACUGGACGGGCUGUGUCUGGCGAGGGCAGUAUGACCGAGAUGGUGGUGCGCUCGAUCCUCGUGCAGCAGUGUCAGUGGUUUGAUACCUUCUCUGCUGUGGCAGAUGCCCACGAGGAUCCGUAUGUGGUCACCUUCGGGCUGGAACGGUGUGUGCCUCCGACGCUGAUGCGCAGUCUCGGUGGGAAACAGGUCUUCUACGAGGACUUGCCCAAGGAUCCCAAGAAGCCGUCGUUCUGGGUCCAGCCAUCGCCCUCACCCUCACCCCAACAGCAUCCCAUCCCAGUCCAACCCACCCAGAUCGAACCCAUCAUGCCGGUCUCCCGCCAAUCCGAACCCAUCGCCAUAGUCGGCAUGUCCAUCAAAACCGCCGGCGCCAACGACCUCUCCGAGUUUGUUGAGAUGCUCAAAACCGGCGAAUCCCAACACAUCCCCAUCACGCGCGACCGCCUGAUGCACGACAUGCUCUUCCGCGAGAACGCCGACGCAGACCCCAAACGCCAGUUCUACGGGUGUUUCUUCUCCGACGGCGACGCCUUCGACCACAAGUUCUUCAAGCGCUCGCCGCGCGAGGCCGCGGCCAUGGAUCCGCAAAGCCGGAUUGUCCUGCAGGCGGCGUACCAGGCCGUCGAGCAGUCCGGGUACUUCAGCGAAAGCCAUGCCGGGUAUACGCCGGACGGGCGCGACAAGAUGCACGUGGGCGUGUACCUGGGUUCGUGCGGCGUGGACUACGAGCAUAACAUCUCGUGCUACGACCCGAAUGCGUUUACGGCGACGGGCGCGCUGAAGAGUUUCAUUACGGGGCGUGUAAGCCACCAUUUCGGGUGGACGGGUCCGUGUAUGACCUUUGACACGGCGUGUUCGUCCUCGGCGGUUGCGAUCCACACGGCGUGUCGGAAUCUGCUGAGUGGCGAGUGUACGGCUGCGCUGGCGGGGGGUUCGAACACGGUCACCAACAUGAACUGGUUCCAGAACCUUGCGGCGGGCAGUUUUGUGUCUCCCACGGGGCAGUGCAAGCCGUUUGAUGACGGGGCGGAUGGGUACUGUCGGGCGGAGGGGGCGGCGUUUGUGUAUCUCAAGCGUCUUUCUGAUGCGGUUCGAGAUGGGAACCAGGUUAUUGCGACGAUUGCGGCGAGCGCGGUGUAUCAGAAUGAGAACUGCACGCCGCUGUUUGUGCCGAAUUCGCCGUCGUUGUCGCAUCUUUUCAAGGAUGUCAUGCGGCAGGCGAGGGUUACUGCGAAUGAUGUCUCUCUGGUGGAGGCGCAUGGGACGGGCACGCCGGUUGGGGAUCCGGCGGAGUAUGAGAGUAUCCUUGCUGCGCUGGGUGGGCCAGGCAGGACGAAGAAGCUGCCUAUUGGGUCUGUCAAGGGGCAUAUCGGACAUACUGAAGGCGCGUCGGGUGCUAUUGCGCUUGUCAAGAUCAUCAUGAUGAUGAGGGACGGUUUCAUUCCGCCACAGGCGAGCUUCAAGACGAUGAACAAGAAGAUCCCAGUCAAAGCAGACGACAACAUCGAGGUGGUCACGAAGCUACGCAGCUGGGACGGGGAGAAGAAGACGGCCUUGCUCAACAACUACGGCGCCUGCGGAUCGAACGCCAGCAUGAUCGUCAUGCAGCCAGACAAGCCUCAGCCCCUUAAGGCCAUUGUAGCAGGCGCACGCUACCCCUUCUGGCUGCCUGGCCUGGACACGCGAGCCAUCGCCGCUUACUGCGCGAAGCUGGGGCCCUGGCUACGCUCGUGCAAGGAAGAGCCCUCGCUCGCCGACGUCUCGUUCAACCUCAACCGCCAAUCUAACCGCAGUCUCCCGCAAGGCUUCGUCUUCAACGCGCGGUCGCUGUCCGAACUGCACGAGAAACUCGAGCAGGCUGUGGCCGCGGCCCCGAGCAGCAAGGACGCCGCGGCGAGUGUGGGCAUUGCACCGGUCAAAGCUGAACGGCCGGUGAUUCUCUGCUUUGGGGGUCAGAUCUCCCGGUUUGUUGGGUUGAAUCGAGGCCUUUUUGACAGUGUUGCUGUCCUCCGAAAGAACCUGGAUGCGGUCGAUAACGUGGUCAAGGCGCAGGGCCUGCAGAGUAUCUAUGCUGCUCCUGAUAUCUUCUCGCGUGAGGCUGUCCAGGACACGGUCAAGCUGCAGACGAUGCUCUUUGCGAUGCAGUAUGCCUGCGCUCGGGCCUGGAUUGACUGCGGACUAGAUGGGAAGAUCCAGGCCGUGGUCGGACACAGCUUUGGCGAGAUCACCGCGCUGUGCGUUGCCGGGACAUUGAGUCUGGAUGAUACCGUUCGUCUGGUGGCAGCGCGUGCGAAGCUCGUCCGGGACAGCUGGGGCGCUGACUCCGGGGCCAUGAUGGCCGUUGAGGGUGACGAAGCCCUCGUUCGCCAGUUGCUGUCUGAGGCGAACCAGGCCGGCUCCGAUGGCUCAGCCAGUAUUGCCUGCUACAACGGCCCUCGCAGCUUCACGAUUGCCGGCUCGACUCCUGCUGUUGACCAAGUGCAGCAGACCAUUUCGACUCCCAAGUUCAGCUCCAUCAAGGGCAAGCGCCUCAAUGUCACCAACGCCUUCCACUCGUCGCUUGUCGACAAGAUCACCGACGAUCUAGAGACGAUCGGAAAGACACUGGCCUUCAACAAGCCUGUCAUUCACGUUGAGCGAGCCACGGAGGUCCCCCUUGCCAAAGAAACAGACGCCUCCUUUGUGGCUCAGCACAUGCGCCAACCCGUCUUCUUCAACCACGCCGUCCAGCGUCUGGCAAAGAAACACCCGCAAGCAAUCUUCCUCGAGGCUGGAUCCAGCUCAACAAUCACCGUCAUGGCCGGCCGGGCUAUCUCGCAGGGCCAGAACUCCUCAGACGGACACUCCUUCCAGGCCGUCAACAUCACCAACGACACGGGCUUCGACUCUCUCGCCGACACCACCACGGCCCUCUGGAAGCAGGGUCUCCGCGUAGCCUUCUGGCCACACCACUCCGUUCAGACCCCCGAAUACGCGCAUCUCCUUCUCCCCCCAUACCAAUUCGACACCUCAUCCCGCCACUGGCUCCCCAUGAAGUCCCCGCUCGAGAAAGUCAAGGAAGAAGCCGCGAAGAUGGUCGCUACAGGCGGAACCCUCUCUGCGCCGCACCAAGACACCGCGCAAGACCCCCGGACAAUGCCCCUCUGGGACUUCGUGGGCUACCAAGACGACACCAAACAAGCCCGCUUCCGCAUCAACACGGCCUCGGACAAGUACAACCGCUACGUGCUCACCCACGUCAUCGCCCAGACAGCCCCCAUCUGCCCAGGGACGUUAGAGUGCGACAUCGUCAUCGAAGCCCUCUUCAGCCUGGACCCAACUUGGCGAGGGCUCUCCCCAGUCGUAAAGGACAUGGUCAACCACAGCCCCAUCUGCAAGGACCCCAGCCGAACAGUGUACCUCGACUUGACGGCCAGCAACAAAAAGCGCACAGCCUGGGCCAUGAAGAUCACCAGCGUCGACUCUGCAAGUCAUAAAAGCAGCGGGAGCGAAGUCCACGCCGAAGCAACCGUCGAACUCCGUUCACCCAGCGACCCAGCCCACACCCGCGAAUUCGCCAACUUCGAGCGCCUCGUCUCCCACAAACAAUGCACCGACCUCCUGCGCCUCAACCUCUCCGAUGCCGACGACGGCGUCGAAGUCCUGCAGGGCCGCAACGUCUACCGCGCCUUCAGCCCGAUAGUCGACUACGGCGAGGUAUACCGGGGCUUGAAAUUCGUCGUCGGAAAGGGCACCGAGUGCGCGGGGCGCGUGCAGCUGCCUCGCUCCAGCCGGGGCGAUACCUGGCUUGAUGUGCCCCUUAGCGAUAGUUUCAGUCAAGUCGGCGGGGUGUGGGUGAACCUUAUGACGGAUCUGCCGGGGAGCGAUAUGUUUAUUGCGACGGGGUGCGAGGUGAGUAUGCGCUCGCCGAGGGUGGUGGAUCGGGCGGACGUCGAUGUGUGGCAUGUUUAUGCGCGGCAUAGCUGGCAGGGCGAGAAAAGUAUCAUGACGGAUCUGUUUGUGUUUGAGGCUGCGACGGGACAGCUGGUGGAGAUUAUGCUGGGGGUGCAGUAUAUGCGGGUUGCGAGGGCGUCGAUGAGUAUGAUGCUUGCGCGCAUGACAAAGGACGAGUCGGUUCUCAGGACGAAGGUGCAGGCGCCGGCGCAAGCUGUCAAGUCUGCUACGGAGACAGAGACAAAAACCGGCCCUAAGCCCGUCGAGGUGAAGAGCAAGGCGCCGAAGAAAGAGAAGAAGCCGGCCAAAAAAGCCAAACCCAGCAAGCCCAAGUCCAGCAAGCCCUCUGGCUGGCGCGACAUCACCGACGAGGUGCGCGAUCUCGUGGCGACUGUUUCGGGCAUCGACGCCGGCGAGCUGGAGCUGGAUGCCGACAUGGCCGACUUCGGUAUCGACUCGCUGAUGGGCAUGGAACUGGGCAAGGAGGUGGAGUCGGCGUUCAAGUGUCCUCUCGACCAGAACGAGCAGAUGGAGGCGACGACCCUGCGCAAGUUCGUGCGGUGCGUGUCGAAUGCCCUGUUCGGGCCUAACCAGGGCGCUGCGGAGGAAGGUGAGGAAGAAAGCGACGACUCGUCCAGCGAGGAGCUGAGUGAGAGCGACGAAGAUAGCGCGGAGAGCUCCGACACGGGCAUCCUGACGCCCACCCCUGAAGAAGAGGUCCUCCCUCUCAAGGCUGUCGCAAUCCACAAGGCUGCUGGAUUGUCUGCCGUCGCACCCCCCGUCGAGUCCCGGCUAGCCCUAACUCCCGCCGACAUCUUGGCCUCCUUCGGCCAGGUCAAGCUCAACACCGACUCCCUGAUGAAAGAAUACGGCGUCGACAAGACCGAGGGCGUCAUGCUGUCCGGAAGUAACCGUCUCUGCGCUGCGCUUGUGGUCGAGGCCAUGGACGAGCUGGGCUCGCCCCUCCGCACAGCUUCCCCAGGACAAGUCCUCGAGCGCGUCCCCUUCCUCCCCCAGCACACCCGCCUCAUGCAAUGGGUCUACGAGUUCCUCGAGCGCGAUGCCCGACUAAUCAACAUCGACCCCGCCAGCGGACAGAUCACACGCACGCACAUCGGAGCCCCACGGAAGGACAGCACGACCGUCCUACAAGAAGUGCUCUCGUCAGACCCCGGCUUCGCAGUCCCCAACAGACUGGCGUACUACGCAGGCCGCCAACUCGCGGGCGUGCUCAGCGGCACAACGGACGGAAUCCGCGUGCUCUUCGGGAGUCCCGAGGGCAGGGAACUCACGGCCGCAAUGUACUGCGAGCACACAUUCAACUGCAUGAGCUACGAGCAGAUGCGCGAAGUCACGAAGAUCCUAGCGGAGCGGAUUGGCCAUACCGGCGAAACACUCAAGGUUCUUGAAAUGGGCGCCGGCACAGGAGGGACAACGCUCGUCAUGGCGCCUUUCCUGGCGACGCUCGCUGAGUCCCUGCCGAUCGAGUAUACAUUCACCGAUAUCUCGCCCAGCAUGGUUGCCAAUGCCCGUCGCCGCUUCAGCAAGCUAUACCCCUUCAUGCGGUUUGCCGUGCACGAUAUCGAGAAAGCGCCGGCGGAUGAACUGAGAAGCCAGCAUCUUGUGCUUGCCAGUAACGCCAUCCACGCCACGCACAAUCUGGGUGUCUCGCUGUCCAAUAUCCACCAGGCCCUCCGGCCAGACGGGUUCCUCAUGAUGCUGGAGAUGACCGAGGUCGUCCCCUUCGUAGACCUUGUCUUCGGUCUUCUCGAAGGAUGGUGGCUAUUCGACGACGGACGCCACCACGCCGUCGUGCCCGCCGAACACUGGGAGGCAGAACUACACAAGGCGGGCUAUGGGCAUGUCGACUGGACGGACGGAAACCUGCCGGAGAACUCGUUCCAGAAGGUCAUUAUCGCGCUUGCUUCCGGAUCCCAGGGCCCUCGGCUACCGAAGCCCGAGCCCGUGGAGACUCCCAUCCCAGAAUUGAACCCUGAGAAUAUCGAGACCCGAACUGCAAAUGCUGAAAGUCUGGUGCACAAAUACACAACCGGCUGGGAGACACCAAAGCUCCGCAUCCUCGACAACCAAACCCAGCAAGCGACCACCCCGCGCACCGGGAAAUCCCUCGACGCAGUGGUCAUCGUCACCGGCGCAACCGGAAGCCUAGGCUCACACAUCGUGCAAAAGCUAACCGAAACCCCCUCCGUCGCAACAGUCGUGUGCCUAAACCGCCGCAGCAGCAGCAGCAGCCCAGAAAAACGCCAGCACGAAGCCCUAACCACGCGCGGAAUCAGUCUGUCCCCAGCCGCACGCGCCAAACUGCGCAUCCUCGAAACAGACACGUCAAAGCCCCAGCUGGGCCUUCCGCCUCUCGAGUACAGUUGGCUCCUCGAGCACGCAACGGACAUUAUCCACAACGCCUGGCCGAUGAGCGGGACGCGCCCGGUCUCCGCGUUCGAGACCCAGCUGCAGGUCAUGCGCAACCUGCUUGAUCUUGCACGGGAGAUUGCCUCUCGUCCGUUCAGCAAGCCAAGCAGGGUUGGGUUCCAGUUCAUCUCCUCGAUCGGCGUUGUAGGGUUCUGCGGGAAGUCUGUUGUCCCCGAGGAGCGGGUUCCUCUCUCCGCAACGCUGCCGAGCGGGUACGGCGAGGCGAAAUGGAUCUGCGAGCGAAUGAUUGAUGAGACGCUGCACAAGCACCCGAAGCUCUUCAGGGCGAUGGCAGUGCGACCUGGUCAGAUAUCUGGAUCGUCAGUGAGUGGGUUCUGGAACCCCGUCGAGCACUUUGCGUUCCUGGUCAAGUCGGCGCAGAGUCUUCGGGCGUGGCCGGCUCUGCGUGGGCAGAUGCAGUGGAUUCCGGUUGACUAUUGUGCUGGGGGUGUUGUUGAUCUGCUGCAUCUUGGUUCGCGGGGCGACGAUGCGCAUCCCGUGUACCAUAUCGACAAUCCCGUUGGGCAGGAGUGGACUUCCAUGAACACCGUUCUUGCGGAAGCGCUUGGUAUCCCCGAGCGUGAUAUCAUGCCAUUCAAGAGCUGGAUUUCGAGGGUGAGACGGAGUCCGCUGCCGACUGAGACGGAGAAUCCGGCGGCCAGGCUGGUGGAUUUCCUGGAUGACCAUUUCGAGCGCAUGAGUUGUGGGGGCCUGGUGCUUGAUACGAAGAAGGCGGUUGAGCAUUCGGGCACGAUGGCUGGGGUUGGGCCGGUCGGGGCUGAGCUGGCGAGGAAGUAUGUGCUGGCUUGGAGGGGGAUGGGGUAUCUUGCUUGA